AUGUCUUACGAUCUCUAAUAGAAUAAAGCAUUAUGGACUUUUAAGAAACAAGAUGAUAAUAUCAUAGAAUCAAUCAAGAUAAAUUCACCAAGCUUAUCUAUCAUCAUUUUCGACUAAAAUAAGAUCUUUCUUUACUUAGAAAAGUAAACUGGCAUGUUUAAAGCUUAAUUUUAGAUUACUUAUGAAUGGCUUUAUGACCCAUUUAUAAUGAUAUAUGACAAGAAUGGAAAUGGAUACCUAGCAUCAAAUGGAAAUGAUGUGACAAAUAAGGUAACUGUAACAUUUUUUCUAAGAGUUUGUCUGCCAGAUUAAGAUACAUUUAAUUUGUACAUUGCCACAGUUGAAGAUUUUUUGACAAAUCCAAAGUAAAUGAAGUUCAGAGGAAUAUAAGCUUAUCCUUAUAUAUAUUCUGAUUAUCGAUCCGUAGUAAAUAAAAGCAAUGGAAAAUACUAUAUGCAUGGUUUGGUCUAUCAAGAAAAUGGCAUUUUCCCUCAAGGAUUUAUUAACGAAUAUAAAGUUGACCCCUCCUGUAAUUAUUAAUAACCGUUCUUAGAAAGCGCAACAUUUAGCCUCGUUGAGUUGAAUUUAGAUCUAAGUAAAGAAACAAAUUUUUACUUUGAACUCCAGGUUUUAAUAACCUAAUAGUCAGUGGGUUCAAUUACUAGAAUCAUCAAUACUAAAGUUUAAUCACUAUUUCUAGACAUCUCAUCCUUCAAAAAUGUGUUUAACAAUAAAAAACCUUGCCAAUUUUAAUUUUAAGGAUUGAGCUAAUAUGUAGAAACUCCUCCAUCUAUAAUUGAACCUUUGAAAUGCUUCACAGGUAUUAACUGUGAGUAAUUUCUGGGUAUAUAUCAGUUAAAAAUGCCAUGUAAAAAUUCAAACUCUACUUUAGUAAUGAAUUUUUUCAAUAAAGAGAAAAAUGGGUUGUGGUAUCAUGAGCAGAAAACCUUCUCUUAAUCUAGCAUAGUCACUUUAGUAAAAAUGAAAUUUAAUGAAAGUUCUCAGCAUUAAUAGGAAAAUGGAAUAUAGUAUGAAUAUUAAAAUAUAGUAACUCUAGGGUCAUAGGAAGAUCUUAUUAUUAGUUCAAGCUUUAAAUUGAUGAUUUAAGUAUACUGGCCUUGUGAAAUAGCAAAGGUUAACUCUAGUAAACCUUAGAAUAUAUACUUUUAAUGA